AUGGAAGAAAAUCGCACCAACCCCGCUGUAGGCGACAGAGGGGGCGAAGAUGCUAUUCUCAACACAUUCGAUCUCUAUCUUAAUAGUAUUGACGGAGCCGCCAAUGUGCCCGGCGAGACACACGAGGACGCGGCGCAUAUUGAGGAAGAACUAGCACGAAUCGGACUACCCGCGAGUUUCGAUGGCCUCAUGAAAGAUUACAGUCUGGCCCUUGGAACGGGACACGAAUGUGCGGAAAUGGCUUUUCCCAGACUGGAUGCCAUCCUCUUUUUGCUGCUGGCUGAAAUGAAAAAGAGAUUUUCCCCAGCCGUGCAAGCCACCGAUUAUAUACCUAGCUUUUUCAGCCAAGUCCCUCUCGUUGUGGAUCGUCGAGUUGCGGGAAUACCUGAUUCCUAUCAGGAGACAGUGGACUAUAUGCUGUGUUACGGGUCGAUUCCAGCCUUGGACACGAACCUUCUCGUGUUCAGGGAUAAGGUGCUCCAUUCGGAUGCGAGAGCCCGCACGGCCAUUUGUGAAAAUAUCCGCAGAAACGCAGUCAUCUAUGGCAUUUACACAAAUUCCUAUCAAUGGACCUUCCUGAACUAUGACAAUAACGGAGUGAGGCUCCGAGCGUGGGGGGAAUACAGUGCGUGUCCUGAGUAUUUCCUGAGCGAUCCCGGAUUGCCCUGGGAGUGA